CUUACGUCGCUAUCUCAAGCUUACUGCGGCAACUCGCUCGCCCCACUCAGCACGCGCCUGCCCUUCCGUUUGUGCAACAUCAACUGCAUUGCCAUUAUUCGGUACCGCUGAGUUGUCAUUGUCGAUAAGUUGCCGUCAGCGGUCACCCGAGGCCCCUGAACAUCAGUUUGCUGGCAAAGCUACAACAACAUAACACCAGCCCCGCAUUGCUGGUUAUCGAAAGAGAGCGACAGGAGAAGAAACUUGCAAGGGAAGAAGCAUAUUUACCAAGAGCUGCGAGAAGAAGAGUUGAUUAUCGGGAAAGCAAGAAGGAAAACGACAUCCCAUCGCCUCCACGCAAGCUUACCCAUGCACUCUCCAUGAAAGCUGUACAACCGCACCACAAACCGAGACAACAUUAACCACAAUACGCCUGUUCCUGUUAUACACACCCCUUUUUCUCCAGCCAGCAUCCCUGAGUCAUACAAUCCGGCACUGCAUCGCAUCUUCUCAAAACAAUGCCGCAUUACAUAUCCCACUGCGCUUUCGCCCGCACAAGCCUGACGACCUGCGAUGUCUUGGUCAUGACGCUCGGCUAUCUAGAUGCACGGGGCAUGCCCUCGCCAGAAGAGUUCAUCGAGGGUACACGGCCGUGGUUUCUGGAUGCGGAGACGGUGUGGUGGCGCAAGUUCUGGAUGAGCGCGCGGUGAAGCCGGGGGCUGGGAAGUGGGAUGAUGAAAGUGUACGUUAUGAGAUUCGGAAGGGCGAGGGGUUGGGAGUUGGCUGAGCUUUACAAGCUUAUAGACUGGUUGUCUUGUUAUGUGACGAGUACAGAUACGCAUGAGAAGAAGUGAUGAGGUUCGGGACCUUGACAGAGAGGAAGAAGAAAGAUGGCGAAUAAUGCAGUUGUCAACGAGCACUAGAAUAGAGCAAUAGAGGAU